AACAUUAUUUCCUUCGACCUAACUCGGCAAGGUUACCUUCCCUUCCCUUUCCCUUUAACUAUAUUCCUAACAAGUCAAGCAAAAAAAGCCACACCACUCACCCGCCGUACUACUGAAAACCGCCAUAAAACAGCCUCUGCGAGGUUGGUUAUUCAAACUGUGUAAUUUGGAUUUCACACCAAUGGAUAACUAUUUGAAGGAGUUCGAAUUGGAACCGAAAGAUCGUUCCAUUGAAGCACUGAGUAGAUGGAGAUCUGCGGUCUCAGCCUGGGUCAUCAAGAACCGCCGCAGGAGGUUCCGCAAUGUUGUAGAUCUCGUUAAACUAACACUUGCCGAGGAGAAGAAGAAGAAAAUACAGCAUAAACUAAGGAGCAUUCGGGUUGUUGUCCAAGUUCAUCGGGCAAAAGAUCUUUUAAAGAAUGCUAUUAGUUCAGCAGUUGAAUACGAGCUAUCGGAAAAGACAAGAGAAUCUGGUUUCAGAAUUGAACCAGAUGAUAUAGCAACGCUUGUUUCUGCCCAUGAUCUAAAGAACUUUAAAAAAAUCGGCAGAGCUGAAGGGAUUGCGAGGAAACUCUCAGUCUCUGUGAACGAUGGUGUUAGUCAAGAUAGUAUACAUAAUAGGCAACAAAUUUAUGGACUUAACCGCUACACGGAGAGACCUUCAAAAUCUUUCUUGAUGUUUGUUUGGGAGGCAUUGCAUGACUUAACACUAAUCAUUCUCAUAGUUUGUGCUCUAGUUUCUAUAGCUAUAGGGCUUCCCACUGAAGGAUGGCCAAAGGGUGUUUAUGAUGGUCUUGGUAUCAUACUUAGUGUGUUUUUGGUUGUUACUGUUACUGCUAUUAGUGACUACCAGCAAUCCUUGCAAUUCAGGGAUUUGGACAAAGAGAAGAAAAAGCUCUUUGUCCAGGUGACCAGGGAUGGGAAGAGACAGAAGGUUUCUAUUUACGAUUUGGUAGUCGGAGAUAUUGUCCAUUUGUCAACUGGUGAUCAAGUUCCAGCUGAUGGAGUUUUUGUAACUGGAUACUCAUUACUAAUUGAUGAAUCAAGUUUGUCAGGUGAGAGUGAACCAGUAAAUAUAGAUGAACAAAAACCUUUUCUUCUUGCGGGAACCAAAGUGCAGGAUGGUCAGGGAAAGAUGAUAGUUACAACAGUUGGCAUGAGGACUGAAUGGGGGAAGUUGAUGGAAACUUUAAGUGAGGGAGGUGAGGAGGAGACUCCAUUGCAAGUGAAAUUGCAUGGAGUUGCAACAAUUAUUGGGAAAAUUGGGUUGGCUUUUGCCGUGUUGACAUUUAUCGUGUUGACAAUAAGGUUUCUUGUUGAGAAAGCAGUCUCUGGUGACUUUAGUAGUUGGUCUAUGAAUGAUGCAAUGAAACUGCUGGACUACUUUGCUAUUGCAGUGACCAUAAUAGUUGUCGCAAUUCCGGAAGGAUUACCAUUAGCUGUGACACUUAGUCUUGCUUUUGCAAUGAAAAAAUUAAUGAAUGACAAGGCACUUGUGAGACAUCUUUCCGCAUGUGAGACUAUGGGUUCUGCAAGUUGCAUUUGCACAGACAAGACAGGAACAUUGACCACUAACCAUAUGGUUGUGAACAAGAUUUGGGUAUGCGAAAAAGAGGCCGAGAUCAAAGGUAAUGAGAGUGCAGAGAAGCUGAAAACAGAGAUACCUGAGGAAGUAAUGAACAUCCUUUUGCAGGCUAUAUUUCAAAAUACAUCUUCUGAAGUAGUUAAGGAUGAAACCGGUAAUAACACAAUAUUGGGAACACCAACAGAAUCAGCAUUGUUGGAAUUUGGUUUGCUCACAGGUGGUGAUUUUGAUGCACAGCGCAGUACCUAUAAGAUAAUUAAGGUUGAGCCUUUCAAUUCAGUUCGGAAGAAGAUGUCUGUGCUUGUGAGUCUUCCUAAUGGAGGAGUCAGAGCUUUCUGCAAAGGAGCAUCAGAAAUAAUACUAAGAAUGUGUGACAAAAUUAUUGAUUCUAAUGGAAAUGCUGCUGAUCUUCCUGAAGAACAGGCGAAAAAAGUUAAUGAUGUCAUAAAUAAUUUUGCCUCUGAAGCUCUGAGAACUCUUUGUUUGGCUGUUAAAGAUAUAGACGCAACAGAAGGGGAAAGCAGUAUCCCUGAUCAUGGCUAUACUCUGAUAGCAAUUGUAGGAAUCAAGGAUCCUGUGCGGCCCGGGGUCAGGGAAGCUGUUCAAACUUGUUUAGCAGCUGGAAUAACCGUCCGUAUGGUGACCGGUGAUAACAUCAAUACAGCUAGAGCCAUAGCUAAAGAAUGUGCUAUACUCACCGAGGGUGGUGUAGCUGUAGAAGGACCAGAGUUUCGAAACUUGUCGCCGGAGCAAAUGAGAGAUAUCAUACCAAAUAUUCAGGUAAUGGCACGUUCCCUACCGCUUGACAAGCACACUUUAGUAUCCAAUUUGAGGAAUAUGUUUGGUGAGGUUGUAGCUGUAACUGGUGAUGGAACCAAUGAUGCUCCUGCACUGCAUGAGGCAGACAUUGGACUUGCCAUGGGGAUCGCUGGAACUGAGGUUGCCAAAGAAAAUGCUGAUGUGAUUAUAAUGGAUGAUAACUUCACUACUAUCGUUAACGUGGCCAAAUGGGGACGUGCCAUAUACAUAAACAUACAAAAAUUUGUGCAGUUUCAGCUAACUGUAAAUAUUGUUGCUCUGGUUAUCAACUUUGUUUCUGCAUGCAUCACUGGAUCUGCGCCACUCACAGCUGUUCAGUUGCUUUGGGUAAAUUUGAUUAUGGACACAUUGGGUGCACUGGCUCUGGCUACUGAGCCUCCCAAUGAUGGACUAAUGGAAAGACCCCCAGUUGGAAGAAAAGCAAGUUUUAUCACCAAACCAAUGUGGAGGAAUAUCUUUGGUCAGAGUUUGUAUCAAUUGAUUGUCCUUGCACUUCUCACUUUUGAUGGGAAGAGGCUACUGGGACUUACUGGUUCAGAUGCAACUCAAGUGCUCAACACUUUGAUCUUCAACUCCUUUGUAUUUUGCCAGGUAUUCAAUGAGAUAAACAGCAGAGAAAUUGAAAAGAUAAACAUAUUCAGAGGCAUGUUCGACAGCAAGAUAUUCUUUGCUGUCAUUUUCUCGACAGUGGCAUUUCAAGCAAUCAUAGUCGAGUUCCUGGGAACCUUUGCGAGCACGGUACCUCUGAACUGGCAGCACUGGUUGCUCAGUGUAUUAAUUGGAGCAGUCAGCAUGCCCAUAUCUGCUAUUCUCAAGUGCAUUCCAGUUGAAAGAGACACAACAACAAAGAACCAUGAUGGUUAUGAAGCACUUCCAUCUGGUCCGGAGCUUGCUUAAUUUUUUUCCUCUUUCUUUAUUUCUUUUGGCAAUCAUGGAUUAAAUUUUGAGCCUAUUAUGACAUACAAUUGCACUCUACGCAAA